CUCUGAGAGAGAGCAGGAACAAGGAGGGCAAGCCUCUCUGAUCAGUGAAGAUUUGUAUGACUGUGACCAUGCGUGCGGUGACCGUCUUCCUCUUGUCUGCCCUUCUUCCACUCUCUUGCUCCCAUGGACAAGACCCCUUCGCCUGGCUGUAUGGCCCCCAGAGCCAAAGAUUUGGCUCCCUGCAGGCAGACACCACAGGAGGGUGUCCAGAUGAGUGUGAUUGCCCUCCCUCCUUCCCAGUCGCCAUGUACUGUGAUGGGCGGGGCCUGACAGCCAUGCCAACCAUCCCCUCCCGUGUGAAAUACUUGUACCUCCAAAACAAUGCCAUCACAGCUGUGUCCGACUCAGCUCUAGUAAAUGCAACCAAUCUGGUGUGGCUGAUGAUGCACCACAACCAGCUGACAUCUGAUGCCAUUGGCAAGAAGGCAUUUAUGCAGUUGCAGGGACUAGAGCGUUUAUAUCUACAACACAACAAUUUGACUGGCUUUCCUUCAAACCUCCCUCGCACCCUGCGAGACCUGAGAAUCAACCACAACAAGAUUGAAAAGGUAACAGCUGCAGACCUAGAGGGAAUGGAUAACCUCACUAUCCUGUAUCUCCAUGACAACGCUGUCACAGACAUGGGCACAUCCCUGAAGGCACUCAAAUCCCUCACACUGCUGGACAUCAGCAGCAACAAGUUGACUAAGGUCCCAGAGGCACUCCCCGAAAAUCUGCACCAACUUUACCUGGAGUCCAACUCCAUUGAUUCUCUACCAGACGGCUUCUUGGGCCGUUUCACUCAGCUGCAGUAUGUCAGGAUGGCUCACAAUCAGCUAACAGACAAGGGUAUCCCUGCCAACACCUUUAAUGUGACCGGGCUGGUGGAGCUAGACCUGAGCUACAAUAAACUGGAGAGAAUCCCCCCUGUGAGCACCACACUGCAGCAUCUCUAUAUGCAAGCCAACCACAUCAAAGAGUUCACUCUGGGUAGUUUCUGCAGCGUCGUGGAUGUGACCAACUUCUCUAAGCUCCAGACGCUGCGACUGGAUGGGAAUGAGAUCAGUCGCCAGGACAUCCCAACAGAGUCAACCCUCUGCUUGCGCCUGGCUUCCAGCAUUGAGGUCUAACUGUGCGCAUGACACAAUAUGUGGCACUCUGCUCACAAACACAGAGCAGUUUACAGCAUGCAUUGAAAGUGUGAAAUAAUUUGUAUGAUGUGCCAAAGCCAAAGCACAGCAGGGGCGACAAUAUCAUUUAAUCUCGAACGCAGGUGGCAGCAGUUCUUACUGAUAUAUCCACAGUUCACAUCACAGUGAAAACAACGGUUGUCAUAUGUGGUUGUUUGCAUGACAGCUGUUUUACAGCAAUUGGAAAAGCUUUACCAGAUAUGUCACAUUGCACAAGCUACUUUUAGAUGUGAGCUUCCCUAACAAUUGGACCAAUGACCAGAUGAAAGUCUGGUUUUAUUUGAUUAAAUACAGGUAAUAAGAUACAGGAGCCCCAUAUGAUGUUUUUUUGUAUUGAAAAUGAUCUUACCAUGAGCCUCCUUAUAUGCUGUGAGGAUCAAUGAUCUGUGUAAUCAGUGUUUUUUAUCUCUUUAUCUAUCUUCCUACAAAGCAUGCCUUCCAUUGUUUUGUCUGAUAAGUUGAUGAUAAAAAUAUUAUGUAUUAUAGAUUAUGUGCAUUGUUUAAUUUCGAACCAUUAGCUGUUGUAGAAGCAUGACAAUAUCUUCAUCACUUCUCUGACGUCCAUUUCCCAAUAUUUAGGUGCAUUCAUUUUUCUUUGUGAUAAAAAUGCUUUGACUGUUAGUGUCUGUAGAAGAUGUUCUUGUUUCUUGAAAUCAACUUUCCUCAGAGACAUAGCUAGAUAUCUAUGUUCCAUGUGAAAAAUAUAUCUACACUGUACUGUAGUGAAUCACGCAAAGGGCUUUGGGUGUAUGAAUUAUGAUUCUUGAAUUACUGUAUGCAUUACAUGGAUUGGUCAUCAUACUG